CUGAGGAGGGUCGCGGCGGCCCCGCCGGCGCUAUGGAGGCGGCGGCGGCGGCGUCUCCGGCCGCCUCGUCCCGCGCCCUGGUGCCCGCCAGACCCGAGGCCGCCGCCGUGGUGGCGGGGCGGGAGGCGGCGCAGGCGGCCUCGAAGCGCCCGAAGAAGAUCCUGGACGAAGAGGCCUACAUCGAGAGCCUGGAGAAGAUAAUUCAGCGGGACUUCUUCCCCGACGUGGAGAAGUUACGAGCGCAGAAGGAAUAUCUGGAGGCUGAAGAGAACGGCGACCUGGAGAAGAUGAGACAAAUCGCUAUCAAGUUCGGUUCCUCUUUGGGCAAGUCGUCAAAGGACACCCCCGCACCCUAUGUUACUCCAGCCACAUUUGAAACCCCUGAAGUGCAUCCAGGUGGUCUUCCACUUGUGAAUAAACCGAAGGUUGGCAUUAAAGCUACAGAGGAAGGAGAGGCGGAAAAAGAUGGUAAAGAUGUACUUCCCAGUCUGGACAGCUUCUUAGCAAAACACACGAGUGAAGAUAAUGCUUCAUUUGAGCAGAUCAUGGAAGUCGCUAAAGAGAAGGAGAAAGUCAAGCAUGCUUGGCUGUACAGUGCAGAAGAGGAGUACGCCCAGCGACGAAAUGAGAACCUGGCGCUUCCUUCAGCAGAGCAGCAGGCCCUUGAAAAUGUGAAAGCUGGGCUGGAGACCUGGGAGUACACGGCUCGGAAUUCCCUUAUGUAUUAUCCCACAGGUGUACCCGAUGAGGAUGAUGUAUUUAAGAAGCCCAGGGAAGUUGUCCAUCGAAACACCCGUUUUGUGAAGGACCCUUUUAGUCAAGCCUUGAGCAAAUCCCAGCUCCAACAAGCUGCAGCACUCAAUGCCCAGUACAAACAGGGCAAAGUGGGACCAGAUGGGAAAGAGCUGAUACCCCAGGAGUCUCCAAAAGUGAAUGGAUAUGGAUUUGUGGCUACUCCCUCUCCUGCCCCUGGUGUGAAUGAGUCUCCUCUUAUGACGUGGGGUGAAAUCGAAAGCACCCCUUUGCGUUUAGAUGGAUCAGAAACGCCGUAUGUGGACAGAACACCUGGACCAGCCUUCAAGAUCCUGGAGCCUGGGCGCCGUGAGAGGUUAGGACUUAAGAUGGCUAAUGAAGUAGCAGCUAAAAACCGAGCGAAAAAGCAGGAGGCACUUCGAAAAGUCACAGAAAACCUUGCCAGCCUUACUCCAAAAGGACUAAGCCCAGUUAUGUCACCAGCUUUGCAACGACUGGUAAACAGGACUGCAAGUAAAUAUACUGACAAAGCUCUGCGAGCCAGCUAUACUCCUUCCCCAGCCCAUACUGGAACUCCUGGUUACAAGACCCCAGCAGGUGGGCCUCAUACACCCACAGGCACCCCGCUGUCAAGGACAGUGUCUCGGACACCAGUGUCUCAAGAUACUACAUCAAUCACAGACAAUUUACUGCAGCUUCCUAAAAGAAGGAAGGCAUCUGAUUUCUUCUAAGUAGCACUUUCAUCAUCAAGGCAAUAGUGAAUUGACUGUACCCAGCUGUACAUCAACUGGAUCUUGUGAACCAUCAGUAUUAAGGGGUAUCUAAGCGCAACUGCUAGAACAAGACCUAGCAGUUCCUAGAUCUGGGACCAGCUCUGUUCUUGACCAUGUAGCUAAAGUGGGCUGUGAUGUGCUUUUUUUGGAAGCAAAAUACUUCCUACUGUGGUAUAACUUCCCUUCAAACUGCAUGAAUAUGUUAUACAGGCCUGCUGUAGCAUAAGGAUACUUCCUGCAAUGGCAGAGAAGAGUUUGAACUCUUGGAAAACAGCAAGUAUUUUGUGAAGAUGAAUUUUCUGUCUUUGGGAUGACCGUAUGGGAUACAUUCAAAUACUGCUGUGUACAGAUAUCUCUGUUUAUAAAAUGUGGUAAACCUUUCUCAAAGGUUGACUAAACCUUCCCCUAGCAUGUGGAAAUUCUUUGGUUUUGCGCUUUGCAAAAAAGGGAGGUAGAUCUUGUGACUUAAAAACCAAAGAUACAGUCAAGUCUGUAAGCUCCUCACUUCCCUCUUCAAACUGUGUAAAUACUGAGACAGGACCCAGACUUUUAGAGGGCUUCUCUUUAAUUUGACCAGAGUUUAAACUGAUGAUCUUGAGUGUACAAGGGACCUGUCAGGAGAAUUAGUGCCUCAUGAGAACAGUAUACAUAUACAGUUUUAGACAUCAAUUCACUCUUUCUAAUAACCUGCCUUGCCCUCGUGGUACUGAAUCUGUAAGGGGCUAAUGCACGUGUGAAUUCUUCAGUCAGUGCAAACAGAAACUUGAGAGAUGUGAGCUUAUGAUCUGUAAAUGCCAGUCAACAGCACUGACCUGAAAGGAAGCUUUCCAACGUGCAUUUGGCAGUAGCUUCUGAUCCCUGCAAACCAUAUCAGAGACAGGCCUUUUGGGAACAGUAGUGCUAAGCUGUUCGUCCAGCUCAGCAGAUGCGCUGUAUUUUCUGUGCUUUGAUAGUGAAGCAAAAGACAAGGACUAUUUCUUAAAGGGUUCACAGAAUCAGAAGUUGAAAGCUAGCAAUUCAUGAGUUACAUCAAUUGUUGUGAUACUGUUAAAACCAGCCAUAUCUAAGAGGAUCCCUUUUCCCUCUCUCCUUCCCUUUCUGCAGGCUGGGAUUCUUUUUGCUGUUUGUGUUCAGACUUUUUCUCGUGUAGAUUCUGGGAACACUCGCCCUCUUCUGCAGCUGGUGCUGUUGAAGGGACUGUGAGUUCUGGAGUCUGCAACCAAGGAUGACUUAAAACUUCAUCUAUGCACAACCUCUGAGACACAUCUGGCUGGAGCAUGCGGUAAAUGAGAUCCUUACACGCCGCAGUCAGGUGUCUGGACUUGGGGAAGUGAAUCCUAUGUUGUUUCUGAAUCCAGACCAUUUUUCUGAUGUUAGAAUCAUCAAAUGGCAUUAAUGCACAGACCAUUAUAUAUAGGAUGACCCCCAAGCUCCAUAUAUCACAAAUCUUGGGGUUGCAAGGAAUACCCUGUAGCACUUCAGGAGCUGCAUAUGCAGCAGACCCACAGAAGGUUUUGCUGAGAGUAAUUUUCCCAUUUUCAUCUCGAUCUAAGGGUUUGGAAAAGCCAAAGUCUGACAGCUUGAUGUUGAGGUCUUUAUCGAGAAGGAUGUUCUCACAUUUCAGGUCCCUGUGAGCAAGAUCCAUGUUAUGGCAGUAUUUGAUGGCGGAAGCCAACUGACGAAACCUCUUCCGUGCAACUUCCUCUUUCAUCGCUCCAGUAACCUUGAUGUAGUCCAGAAGGUCUCCCUUUACCCCCAGCUCCAUUAUGAUGUACACUUUGCCAACGAAUGUUUCAAAUAUCUCGUAGGUUUUGACUAUUGAUGGAUGGCUCAUACGUUUCAAAGCUGCUAUUUCCCUGGGGAGAAACUUUUCCAGGAAAUCACGAGGAGUUUUCCUCUUGUCGAUAAUCUUUAUUGCCACGUUGCAUUUCAUUUUGUCAGAGUAGCCAGCUUUCACUUUGCCGUAGGAGCCUUCCCCCAGAGUGACACCCACGUUAUAGCCUCUCUUUCCAAGCACCAUGAUAUCCUCCAUCGUGCCAGAGGACUGGUGAGCGGGGGGGGGCUGGCUGUGCGUUAUCCGCUCCGGCCCGUUGCAUGUUGCCGUUCCAUGGCGCCGCGCGGACGCUUUGCCCCCGCGGCGGGCGCCCGGCGCUGGCGGCUGUGUGAUGUCACAGGCCGGGUGCCCCCUCGUCCCGGGGGGCUGGAGGGACGUUUCCAGCCCCAGGAGGAGGCUGCUGGGCGCCACGGUCUGGGGCACGGCUGAGCUUCGGGUCUCCGAGAGGCGUCGGCUUGUGCUCGACCUCGCUCAUAAGCGAUCUUUGUGUUUAGUUUUGCCAAGAAGAUGGAAGUAGCUUAAACCUUUUUCUUUCCUCUUUUAUAAAAUGGUUCUAAUACUUUUUAUAUUUAUGCAUAUGUUAGGUACUUGAUUGUGUGCUAAAAUGAUUUGGUAAGGAAUGAUUAAGCUUAUGUAUAUGAGAUUUUUAAGUGAUACUUUCUAUGGCUUAUGAAGGAAAAAAAUAACGAGUGCAUAGGUCAUUUCUGGGGGUGGCUUAUUCAGGCUUUGCUUGGACAGUUUUAGAAGUGUUUCCUAUGAGGUAAAAUGGUGAAGGAAUUGAUGAUAAUGUUAUUUACAAAAUAAGCUUUUUCCUAAAGCAUACGACUAUGGAAAAAUUUUCUGCAGUAACUUAAUUUACUGAAGUAGCACUCUUAAAGUAUUUAUACUCUUGGAGGUUUUCCUUCCUCUUAAUACAUUGAAAUUUAAUAUGAGCACUUUUUGCUGGUUAUCUUGAAUUUUGGUAAAAUUCAAAACAUGUUGGUAAACUAGUGUAAGUGGUUUCAUUCUACGAUGGAACAAUGCUCUAGUUAUGCUUUUUGGCUUGAAGGUUCAAGCACAACCACAUAGCUGAGUUUUCAUCUAUGCAGUAGCGAUUUAAAACUUUUCUGAAGGAGUUAAUUAUUUGUAUGCAUCUCUUGUGUGAGGUGUGUAAUGUAAAUACUAAAUGAAGGUGCUGUGGCUCUGUUCUUUAAAGAUGCUGUGGCUCUAAUCUUAAAGACGAUUCUUUCCUGAAGACAGAAAUUCUGCCUUUUUUUUUGUCUCAGCUGAAUUUUUAAUGGGCUUUUUUCUGUAGUGUUUUUAUUCAAUUUUUUCAACGCUCUGUCUUCGCAGUUUCUCUGCUUCUCCCUGUGGUGCUGCCACCCUCAGGGUGGGUGCUUACAGUGAACAGAAGCAGGAAUGGCAUCUCUGGCUCCUGCUUCUUCACUCAUUUGUGUUGCAGUGAUAGCUGAGAAACCUACAGGUCCACAAUACAAUGUUGAUUGGGAGAGGAAUCAAUUUCUUUUUUCAAUCUUUUGCGGUCAAAAUAAGUAUGGGUUUUCAAGGUUUGAGGUAUACAUUGCCUCAGCACACCUGGCAGUGCGAAAGGUCCUUUCCUAGACUGGCAGACAUUCAAGCUGUGAAUAGCGCCUGAGGUUUCCUGAGGAAUGGCACGUUCAGGUCCUCCUCAGAGACAAACUACUUGCACUUGCUUUUAACAUAUAGCAGCCUCACUCCUCGUCAGUCAGCUUUCUUCGGAGAGGAUGGUUUGCCACCACAGAGGUGGGAACAGGUUUUGAUGUUGAGGAAUGUGGGGUGCUGCUUUUCUAUCUUUUAAAAUGGUUAUGUUCAAGAAUUGUUUUUUUUUCCAUGCCCUUCUUGCGAGAAGGGGUAGGCUUUCCUUGGUGUUCAUUCAGCUCCUGUAUUUUGUAAACCUGAUGAUCGACUGCUUUUGUAGGCUUUGCAGCUGCUUUCUUAAACUCUUACUCAAUGGUUGAGCUGUGUUUUGACUUCCAGGUUCAGGUAUACUUGAAGAAGCCUUGUGCUAACAGCUUCUUCAAAACUGUUCAGAGGACUACUGUUUUGUAUAUUGAUUGCUUCACCAUAAUCAGCCUCUGGGGCUUUUUGCUGUCUUGAUUUCAGCUCUUUCAAAUUGGUCUUUCAGCUCCCAUGUGUGCAACUUCAAAGACUUGGUGAUGAUAACAACACUAGGGCCAGGACCAGUACUGCUUAGUUCACUGGAACAGAUAAAAAUGUCAUCCUGAAGAAUAGGAUGGUACUUCUGACAGCCAAACUGAGGCUUCUCCCCUCCCCAUUUCUUUGAAGCUUUUGGCUAAUUUUUGUAAUUACCCCCAAAAAUCAAGAGUUGCUUUAUGCGUGCACAGUCUGCCCUUAGAGCUGUGCUCGACCCUGGGUGAGCUGACCUUUGAACGCGAGAUGAAUACUUGUGCUGUGUGGUUGAGCCCAGAGAAGCAGUGAACACCUUGGAGCAGGAAGUAGGCAUAGCCAAAUAUUUAUACUCGCACCACGCCAAAAUAAGAGACAGUCUGUGUAAUAUUUGGCAGUCUUGAUAUUUGCUUCAAUCGGGUGAUGUCUUACCCAGGGAAUACUUUAUACAACUCUUUGAGCAAUGCCUAUGAACUUCUUAAGGUUCUAGAUGUUUGAUGUGUUGUUUGUCUUGGAGGGGAAAUUUCUCUUGCCAUAUCCAAAACUUAUGUUCCUUGGCUAUGAAUAUGCUAUCAAAGUCCUUCCAAAGUAACUGAUUUUUGUAGUGCUCCUUUUAAAAACCUACCAGUCAAUGUGACAUUGUUUGGAGUAGCUACUGUGUGGAAUGACUAAUUUUUAUUUUUUUAGAUUAGAAAUAAAUGAAGACUAAGCUUUUCCUUGAAGCUAGGAAAUAAAGCUACUCAUAUUCAUGCAUUAAUGUAAAGAGAAUCGAUUUGCUAACAUUUCCAUGUUUUCAAAGAUGCCCUUUAAGGACUAGACUGGCUAAAUAACCACAGACAACUUAGGUAAAUGUUUUUUAAUGGUCCCAUGAUCUGCUUACAUCCACAAAGUGCAAGACCCCUCUGUUUGGGUAUGCAAGCCCUGGCCUGAGGUUUAGCUCACUGAAUAGACCCUGAGAAACGACGGGGCUUGGCACGACAAACGGCUGGAUGCCCCAACAGUGGUGUGAACUGCUAACAAAGGUUUCAGGUAGUGCCCCGAAAGGCUGAACUUCACAGAUAAUGGCAGAGGAGCACUGGUGGCCUCGUGGUGUUCGCCUGCACUGCUCUCGGCCUGUGUCGGUCUGUGUGUGUGUGCUUGGUUGUGCCUGUAUUUUGUGUGCCUGAGUCCCCGUUGGGAGUAGGUGCUACUGCCUAGGCCUGGGAGUAGGAAAAGCGGCUGCCUGGUGUCUAGCAUACUGGAGAGGAGAAAUCAUCUGGAUUUUAAAAUCCACUGGAUUUGGCUAUUUAACACUCAAUGUGCAUAUGCAAAAAUAAAUAAAAUUGUAUAACCACAAA